UCAGGGAUAUUCAUAUUAGAUAGUCAGCAGAGGAAAAAGCACAAUGAUAAUAAUAAUAAUAAGAAGAAGAAGAAAAAGAAUGUCUCUGUAACAACAACAACAAAUAUGUAGUCUAAAAUAUGACAUAGUCACACAGCAUCAAGCCUAUAACAAUAUCAUAACACAAAUGCCAAUUGCCUUUUGAAAAUAGUGUCUGGUGUUUUUUUGCACCAAACAGCAAUCUUUGAGCAAACACAUUGAUAAUAAUAAUACUAAUAUUCCACUUAAUUAAAGCUACAAUCUAUACUAUGAUGUAAAUGUAGCAAACAAAAGGAUCGCCCUGUUACCAAAGUUGACAGGAACAUGCAUCACUCCCUCGUUGAUAGUCAUAUGCUUUUAUAAUUAUCCUGAACUAAGACUAAAUUUGUAUUAUCACUGCUGCGAUUGCAUUAAAGACAAUACAAAGUUGCAAAAAAAAUAGCUAUAAUUGUCACUAUGAUCAGUUGGUAAACCCAUUCAUGCUUACGUUUCAUCAAAUACUCAAACUCUUCACUUUUUAUGUGAAUCUAUAUGAUAAAAAAUAUAGGUUGAGCCCUUAAGAUGAAAUAAUUGUAUGUAGGUGUUAAAGUCUGACAUGCUUGUGUCCAAAUGAGUAUGUGUUUUGGUGUGAUGUGGGUGUCUGUUGGGUUAUUUUUGGCUCUCUGCUAGAUAUUUAGCAUGCAUUUUGUGAGCCCCUGAUAAAGAUCUUGAAGUCACAUUUAGGGACGUGCAGGAAAUGACAGCUGCACUUCUGUUUCUCUGGAACUCUUUAAUAGUGAAAUGCAGACUGAAGGACAGUUAGUUCAUACAUACAGGUGCUCAUUGAGGACAUUGUGUCCAUAAAGAUCUGGACAGAGAAAUAAGGAGCCUGAAGUCCAGCCACUACCUGACAGGAAAAGACAUCUGAGACACUGAGAUAUCAUCAUGUCAGAUGGAGAAAAUGCCACCGACAGUGUAUAUGACUGGUAUUAUACGGAUGACGGUACAAGCUUCGCUCCUUGCGACGACGCUGAUUUGAAGAAUUUUGCCCAGGUGUUUCUGCCCACUCUCUAUAGUUUGGUUUUCAUCCUCGGCUUCAUAGGCAAUGGCCUAGUGGUGUGUGUCCUGGUGAAGCACCGCAACCAGGCCAACUUGACAGACAUCUGCCUCUUCAACCUGGCUAUCUCUGACCUCCUCUUCGUCCUCACGCUGCCUUUCUACUCUCACUACUCCGUGGUCGGCCAGUGGACUUUAGGAGACUUCAUGUGCCGUUUCACCUCUGGCUUCCAUAGCACUGGGUUCUUCAGCAGCAUCUUCUUUAUGGUUGUCAUGACGCUGGACCGUUACGUGGUCAUCGUGCACACCCACAAGGUGGCACGAUAUCGCACUCUGAGGGCAGGCGUCGCUCUGUCCGUGUUCGUCUGGAUGCUGAGCUUGUGUGUCUCUCUGCCGAAUGUUAUCUUCACAAAGGUGACAAACGAGUCUCACGGGCUGGAUUGUAUUUACAACCCGGAAAACGAAGCCUGGAGGCUGUACAACACCUUCACAAUACCUGUAUUGGGUCUCGUGAUCCCCUUGUUGGUGAUGAUAGUUUGCUACUCCAGGAUCAUCCCCAUACUGUUGAACAUGAGGAGUGCAAAGAAGCACCGCGUCGUCAAGCUGAUCAUCUCCAUAGUGGUCGCCUUUUUCUUAUUCUGGGCCCCAUAUAACAUUUCCCUUUUCUUGCGGUUUCUGAAAUCUAAAGGGAUAUUGCAGAACGAUUGUGACGUGGAAGCAAAUGUAAAGCUGUCAGUAACAGUGACCGAGACCUUUGCUUACACUCACUGCUGCCUGAACCCCAUCAUAUACGCCUUUGUGGGGCAAAAGUUCAUGAAACGAGUCUUGCAGCUGCUGAGGAAAUGGAUGCACCUUCCCUUCACCAGAGCUUGGUCCGAUAGCUCAUACAGGAAGAGCUCAGUUAUGUCCAGGUCCUCUGAUGCCAGCUCCAGUUUCGUCAUGUAGGAGGUGAAGGGCAGAUUAUGUUAUAUGGUAUGGACCUCAUAUAACAUAUGACAUGUUUUGAUUUGGGUAGCCUUGCCACUGUAUUGCUGUAUUGAUGUUGCAUGACUUAUUUUGUUCCAUUUUCCAUCAAAUAACAGUGUUAGUCAUCAGCACUGUCUAACCUUAAAAAGCUGCCUGUGCAUGUACAUAUUAUCAUCUUUAGACCUGUUGGAUUUUAUUUGCAUUUUGAAUUUGCAGUGGAAUAUUUAGUUUUGACCAUAAGAUGUCAUCAGUUUGAUCUGAUGAGCAUCAUCAUCUUCUUUAUGAUCUCAGGUACUUUGUCAAUGACCCCAUUUUCCUGCUGAACAUCGACUGAAACCAUGAGGCUCUUGUUUGUAACGGCCUAUAACCACAAAGUUUGUUUAUCUGUGCCUGAUGUGUUGAAAAUGUUCACACAUUAGUUGACGAGCCUGCAAGUUAAAGAAAAACAUUCAUGUUGUAUGGGAAGGCAGCUAUUUUUUUUUAAAAACGAAACUCAUUCACAACAUGGAACUGUUUUUGUUUUUUUCACUUUCCUUUUGGAAAAAGUUUGUCAUUCAAAUGUUUGAUGGUGAAUCAAAGCCACAAAGUUAAACCAGCACAGAGUUAUGUAGCACCUUUGGCAAAUUCAAAACAUCCUCUUUUAUUGUGGAUUUAAAUCUGUUGAUGUGGAACAAAGUUGAACGCAUCAUACACAUCUGUAAUUUGUCAUAUUUUCUCCAUAUUGUUUUAUGCCUCACACAGUAUAUUGCAAAUUAGCAUUUUUAGCACUAGCAUUGUUAGUUUUCUGUUUAUUUCGGAUGUUAUUUACACAAAUGUUCAUAGAUAUGCUUAAUGCUUCUUUGUUCAUGUUCAUGUUUAUGAUUUGUUGUUGUAAUGGUUUAGUUUGUCAGCAGAGAUUAUUAAAGUUUUACAUUUCUUCUCUUA